CCGAUAUCCCGACUGCUUCUCCUCCAUCUCCCCCGGUGAAUCAAUCGAUCACAGCCGUUAGAAGCGGAACUUCAUCCGAACCCCCCUCGCCGGCCGUAACCAAUCUACACCUUGCCCAGAUGAUCCAUACGGCUGCUACCAAGCAGUCCGAAUGGAUGAGCAACUUGAUCCAAAUGCAGGCCGCUCAUAUGGAACGGAUGGAACAGAUAAUGAGCAAGCUCAUUAAGCCUAACCCAGCUCCUGCUCGGCCUGCCCCUGCAUCGUUUCCACUCUUACCUGCCCCGCCUGCUCCAGGGUUCGCGCCUCAGUUCCCUCAUCUAGGUAAUCCAGUAGGGAAGAUCGAAUGCUUUAACUGCAAGCAGCCCGGGCAUUUCGCCCGGGACUGUCCGCAGCCUCAACAUAAUCAGCCUCCCCCUGCUGCGGCCCCCGUUGCCCUUAAUCAAGGACGAGUGACCACUCUGAUGGAUACGGAUCAAGGAAGAGAACUCGUGGCAUAUGCCACAGAGCAACCCUCCCCUUCGAUGGCAACGGCAUCGACAUCGGGAGUUUCUUCCCCCGACGCUGCUGACGUGGUCGAUCCUCUCGAGUAUCUCCAUCUCGCAGGCAUGAUCAGAGUGAUCCGAUCGGUCCUAAGUGAUUUCGAGUGGGUCGAUCGCGAAUCCAAUCCAGGACCGCAACUUCAAACAGGAGAUAUUGAUGUACUGAGAACGCUCAAGCAGUUAGACAUCCGCGUUCCUAUCCCCGUCGGACAUCUGCUCACCAUAUCUAAAGCGACGAACGAUAAACUUUUACAACACUGCCAGAAAAAUCAAAAGUGUUUCACCUAUCAACGCAUACAACGGAUGUUGAAGAAGAAGGAAGAAGGUGAGGAAACGGUAUCCCCUGAGCCGGACACUAAAGAACCUGAAGCCGCACGCAUAGCCGCCAUCUCUUUAGCAGAAAAGGAUCACUUCGUACGAGCUCGGUCAGUACUAUGGAAAAGUGCGGAAUGUGACUGUGAAGUUUGGGUACAAGUGAAGUGGACGGGCACUAUCGAGCACCCCACGUGGAUCGAGAAUCCGGAGUUGCUGAUCAUACAGGGUUGGAGGACUAACGCGGAAGGAGAUCUUAUAGGAUUCCUCUUUGGAUCGGUACGACCGGGUCGCCGUCAGUUGAUUGCACAAGAGCUCAUCGCACCGAUCGUGCAAUUGGCGGACGAUCUCUCGCCCGACAUCUACUUUCAGAUCGACAACAGUCCUGCUCCGUACAUUUUCGAGCGAUCCUUGGAUCCGUACCUUCAGUGGACUUUGUGCUUGGGAGAACCUAGGGACGAGGAUACGCUACCAUCACGACAGGAGUAUCUGAAGCCGUACGAGAUCAUCCCUCACGCCUUCUACCCGAGGGCAGAAGAAGUGGUGAUUGACGACGACGAAGAAGAAGAAGACGACGACCAGGAGACAUCAGAGGAGGGAAGCUAUAGUGAACAUAGCGAGGGCGAGUUGAGUGAGGAGGAAGAGGAAGAAGAAGGAACCGGGUCCGAGUGGGAAGCCCCGCCGGAGGAAGCGACGCGUACGGGAACGGAGACGGAAGAUCCGGAAGUGGCGUGAAAGCGCGAAGAGAUUGCCUCCGGAAAGCGUCAGCUGGAGUUCG